AUGUCGCGGUGGGGCGAGAGUGGGUGGGAAACAGCCAAGGCCCUUCUCCCUCGGCGCGUCUGUUCAAUAUCAAGCCCGAACCAGCUGGACCGGGAUCCCGAGUGGUUAACAAUCGGAAGCUACUAUUGCGCGCAGCACUCAAGCGCGCAUAACCAAGGGGUGGAUUCCGAGGCUCUGGUUCCGAUGGAGGCCCUGAGAAUCUGCAGGGUAGCCGUCCGGUUUGCUGCGCCAACCAUAUCUGUUCGCAGAUUCCUAUUCGAGUUUCAACCGCGAGGCGCUGUCUUCAGCUGCAGUGACAGUCUUGGCAGCAUGCACGCUGAAGCUUCAAUCACCUUCUCGACGCAAUUGGCGUCGAGCGACGCUGAACUGCAUACCACUCAAGCUGUCUGUCAGACCGGAAAUGCCCGCAUCACCGGUGCUACCCACCUAUGCAUGCAUCUGUCUACGCCAUGCUGCGGUAGAUUUGGUGUUGCAAUUGCCAGCCCGCAACCCCCGAUAGCCACCCACCCAACGCGGCUAACGGCUUCCGAGACAAGGACGACGUUCAAGGCACACUGCAGAGAUGCUCAUGUCCCAACGGCAUGGUUCACUGGCGCACUCAGAAGAAAAAACGUGCCGCGUCUGAUUGGAACCCUCGCCGUCAUCGCUUCACGGCUGGCCGCUCACCUGGGCGGUGGAUGCCAUGCUCCUGUACGAGGCCUCUCCCGCCCUCAAGUCGUGGCGACAACGGCCCGCUCGUCUGAUCGUUACUCGAAUCUGACAGAGGGACCGUGCGGCCUUUUAGUCGACAGCCUCGCCCGCCUGGCCUUGGCUAAUGUAAUGCAGUGUGAAAACGAGUCUGGAAUUGUUGGUGCGCAUGCCCUUGAAAUUACGUCCAAGCGAUUUCGCGCCUUUGGAGUCUAUUCGACGGCAUUUCAGUCGCUGAAUAAGUCUCUACCUCGGCAUUGCCUAAAUUUUUGCUAUGUCGGUUUAGCGUCCAUGCCGGGUUGGUCCAUGGGGGGCAGGGGAAGAAUCCCCAAGCAGCAAGUGUUCCGUGUUCCUGCUUUGCUGGUUCCUGCAAAAAUCCUCCCGCUGCGAUCUCUGAACGGACAUGCGGCCACCACUCUGCUUCCCCGAGGGCCGUAUUCCCCGCCACGCGAUGCCAGGAAUUUGACCAAACUUAGUGCUUGA